UCGCUUAACGCCUAAGAUUUCGAUUCCACGUUCCCUCUCUUUCAUUUUCCCAAACACGCACUACUUUCUCGCUAAUUCCCGUAAAGAGAAAAAAAAAAAUUCAAAAUUCCCAUUUCUCCCUUCUCUCUUCUCUCUCACCCAUUCCACAACAUUAAAUCUAUUUUAUUACAUUUCCUUACAUAUACAAUUCGGAAAAAUUUUGAUCACAGAUAAAUCCAACGGCCCCCAUCAAAUCUAAUCUUUCAGACGCAAAAAAAUCACACACAAACAAUACAUCACGGACUAACUAAACAAAAAAACGAUCGUUCCCUCCUCUUUUACCCUUUCUCUCUCUUUCUCUAACUCUUUCCUUUGUUGAUUUUCAUUUUCUCCACCACUCUCUGCCGUCCAUUUUUUUCACCACCACAUCCAGAUCUACAAUAUUUUGGCCUUUCUCCGACGAGAUCUCGCCCCACGCGCCGCACACACUGGACCACGCGCCAGCCACCGUCUCUUCCUCCUCGAUCAUGGUCGUUAGUGGAGGGAAGCCUCUGAAGCGCAUGAAGAGGAGAGUCACGGCUGAUUUCUACGACUUUCUCUCGUUCCCCUCCCCAUCACUCGCCGCCCACGAGGGCUUCGCCGGCGCUCCCUUCAGAUCUGCCGUCCGAUCCUUCCUUACGAAGCACGCGCUUCUCCCGCCGCCUUCCGCGCUCUUCCCUCACCUGCUGACAUGGCAGAUCCUCUUCCGUGUUGGCGACGUCGCAGGCGAAGGGGGUGCGGAGUCCGGCGGUGCGGCGGCGGUGUGCCUCGACAUCGUGGAGGAGGACGUUGCCAGAUCCAGAUCUGUGUACUGCGACCAGUGCCGAGUUUUCGGUUGGAGCGGCCAUCCAGUGUGCGGGAAACGUUACCAUUUUAUAAUCAAAGCUGAUGGAAGCUCCAUUGGUGGGUACCAUAAACCAUGUAUGUGCUGUGGAGAUAUCCUGCACUUGUCAGAAUCCAAGUGUAAGUCGUGCAACCAUGCGACUACCACUGAUGAUGUGGAGGACUGGGUGUACCACCAGUUAGAGAAUACGACACAUCUCUUACAUGGUGUAGUCCAUGCCAAUGGUUAUGGGCACCUUCUACGGGUUAAUGGCAGAGAAGGUGGAUCUAGAUAUCUUUCUGGUUGCCAUAUCAUGGACUUUUGGGAUCGCCUAUGCAAGACACUUGGAGUCAGAAAAGUUAGCGUGAUGGAUGUUUCAAAGAAAUAUGGGUUAGAGUACCGCCUACUCCAUACAAUCAUGAAGGGACAUCCCUGGUAUGGUGACUGGGGUUAUCAAUUCGGUUCUGGUAGCUAUUGUCUCACGCAUGAAGCAUACAAGACUGCGGUUGACAGCCUAUCCAAUUUGCCCUUGUCUACCUACCUGUGCCAAGGACAAAAUUCUUCCCUCCCUCGUGUUCAGGGCAUGAUUUCAUACUUUCAAUCUUUGUCAGACCAUGAGCUUGUAAAUGUAAGGGACCUCUUUUGUUUUUUGAUGGGUUUGAUUCAUGAUGCUCGCAACACUGCAACAAAGGUUGAUGACGUGGCCUGCAAGAAGCGCCGUGUUAACGAUUCUGGACUGUUAUGGUAUUGGGAGAAGAAGGAUAUUGAACGUGUGGAGGAAGCCAUGCUGAAGGUGUUGCGUGCAGUGUCUGGGUCCAAUUGGGUGAGCUCUCGAGCUCUUAGGGGUGCAGUCUGCAAGUUGGCCUCUACAGAGCUUCUUGAUUAUUGCCUUGGAGGACUGGGAGGAAAAGUGGUCUAUGGUGGAAUGGUUGUUAAUGCCCGAUGCAACCCUCAAACUGGAACGUUUGAAUACAGACUUGAGGCUGCAAAUGGCUCCUCCUUUGGAAUUAUUGCAAACAACUCUUCUGGUUCAAAGUAUCCAUCCAAAGAGAAUCUCCUACAGUGUUUGAGAUAUUUAUAUGAGGCUUUGCUUCACCCUCAGAUGAUGGUAAAUUAUGCCCCCGAAGGGACAAGGGUUCUUGCAAUGAGUUCAGCUCAGAAGCUUCUUGAUUGCAAGCAGUUUGUGAAAGACUACACUCCUGGGAUGCCCCCAAUGUCAGACCUGCAGAAAAUACGAAUAUCAUGUCAGGUUGAACUGGUGGAUGAAGCUGAAGAUCCUGCAGCCAAAACUCCACCGGAACUGAUUGUGCUGCCUGCAGAUGCCACUGUCUCUGAUGUUAAGAUCGAAGCAGCAAAUGCUUUCCAAGAUGUAUAUCUGAUGUUCAGAAGAUUUCAAGUUGAUGAGCUACUUGGCUAUAGCGGUGUUGAAGAUCCCACCCAGGUCAAGCACUUAUUAGGAUCAGAAGAACCCGCCACGGUUUGUGUCCGUGGAAGAUGCAUGGCGAAGAAUGGACUGAGCAAGUUCCGAAUGGAACGAGGACUCGAGAGGUGGACCGUAGAUUGCAAUUGUGGGGCUAAGGAUGAUGAUGGGGAGAGAAUGCUAGCUUGUGACGUAUGUGGAGUGUGGCGGCAUACUAGGUGUUCUAACAUCCGCGACAUUGAUCCUGUUCCAGCGCGAUUCGUUUGCCCAAAAUGUCAAAACUCUGACCAAAAGCCCAAGUCUACUGGGCACUGCAAAGAGGUGACAGUGACCAACGUUAGUGCUAGUGGUAGCUGCUUUGGAAAUGGCUUGCCAAUGCCUUCUGAUGUUCGUUAAGAUCAAUAGAUGUGUACAAAAGCAAACUUUGUUUCUGUUUUGUGUUUUUUGGGCCUGGGCCUGAAAGAACAUGUACAUAACACAGAUUAGGUGUUAAAGUUAGGGAUGGCGAGACCAAAAAAGAAAACUUAGGGAUGGCAUCAGGUAACAGAGCAUGUCUUGUUGGUA